AAAAAAUUCUAAUAUAUGACUAACCGUAUAACCUUAACGAUAGGGAUUAGCGAUAGGACUUAACGAUAUAAACACAUAUGUAUAUGGUUUUCGACCUCUCUUCUCCAAAACCAUCACAGAGAGAGUCGCCGAAAUAAAUUGAAAUCCGGUGAGAAGAUUUUGGAUUCACUCCUUCCUUCUUUCUUCUUCUUUAUCAUCAUUUGAGCUGGUUUUGGUAUCUCUCCUGACGAAUUUGAAUCUCUCAGCCAUUUUCUCUUCUCGCAUCUGUGUUUUCGUGCUUGGAGCUGUACACGUUUCUUUAAUUUGAAUAGUGAUUUUGCGUUCGUUAAUUAGCCUUCUCGUACGAGUGGGCUAUUUUGGGAAUGAUUUAGGUGGUUUUAAGUUACUGGGUAGUAGUCACUGCUGAGCGAUUUCUGUUUCUCCUGUUGAAUGAUUGAUUCAGAAAUUUGAAAUUCACAUCGAAACCAAAUCUUAAAUCAUAUUGGUAGCUUUUUUUUUGUUUUGUGAUUAGAUACUGUUUUUUUAUAGUAUUAAAUUCGUUUUGGUGUGAGUGAUUUAGUGUUUGGGAAAUUAUUUAAUUUAGUGGUUAUUUUCUGAUUUAGUGAUGAUUUGAGAAUUUUGUGUUGUUUAUAUUCUUGGUAGCGGGAAAUUUGUACUUUCCUUUGUGGACCUUUCAACUAUUGAAUGUGGAAGAUUUGCUGAGAAUCUUAGAAAGUCAUCAUCAUCCAUACGUAAGAGAACUUUUUUUUAGCUUGAGAGUGAUUUUCAGAUGGAGAAUGGGUUAUGGGAGGUUUUAGGUUCAAAAGGGUUGUUGAAGAAACAUGAAUUCAUUAGGAUUUUGGUUCAAUGCUUAUACUCGUUAGGAUUCAAGAACUCUGCUUCUUGUCUGGAAUUCGAGUCAAAGAUCUUGUAUAAAACAGCUGAUUCUGAGUUUCUUGAAAAGCAAGUUUUGAGUGGGAACUGGGAUAGUUGCGUACAGGUUCUAGACAGAAUUUUUGAUAAUUCCAUGGAUGAUACGAGGAACACGGCUUUAUAUCUAGUGUUCAAGCAAUGUUUGUUGGAGUAUUUGAAACGUGGGGAUGUUUCUUUGGCCUUGAAUGUGUUACGGAAGCAAGCUCCGUUGUUACGGAUGGGAAAAGAGAAGAUUCAUAGGCUUGCUUGUGAUAUUGUUUAUUCGAAAGAGAUGGAAUCCGGUGAAGUAGACAACUGUUUAGUUCUAGAUUUGAGGAGAAAGUUGUUGGUUGAACUGGAGAAGUUGAUUCCCUUGCCAAUUGUUAUUCCUGAGAGAAGGUUGGAACAUUUGGUUGAGACUGCUGUGAUGGACCAGAUUGAUACGUGUAUGUAUCAUAACUCAUGUGAUGCAGUAUCGCUUUACAAGGAUCACUGUUGCGGUAGAGACCAAAUUCCUUCAGAGACAGUCCAGAUUUUGGUGGCACACAAAAAUGAAGUGUGGUUUGUGCAAUUCUCUAAUAGUGGCAAAUAUCUGGCCACUGCAUCAAGCGAUUGUACAGCUAUAAUAUGGAAGGUACUGGAUGACAACAAAGUCGAACUGAAGCACACACUUGAGAGCCACCAAAAUCCAGUUUCUUUUGUCUCGUGGAGUCCUGACGAUACUAAACUGCUUACAUGCGGAAACGCUGAGGUUCUUAAGCUAUGGGAUGUUGACACAGGUGUGUUGAGACACACAUUUGGAAACAACAAUACUGGAUUCACUGUCAGCUCUUGCGCAUGGUUCCCUGACUCAACUCGGCUUGUCUGUGGCAGUUCUGACCCAGAAAGAGGGAUUGUAAUGUGGGACACUGAUGGAAACGAGAUCAAAGCCUGGAGAGGAACGAGAAUUCCAAAGGUGGUGGAUUUGGCUGUGACGCCGGAUGGCGAGAGUAUGAUUACAGUGUUUUCGGAUAAAGAGAUCCGGAUCUUGAAUUUGGAGACAAAAGUCGAACGUGUUAUCUCUGAGGAACAGCCAAUUACUUCCCUUUCAAUUUCUGGUGAUGGUAAGUUUUUUAUAGUCAACUUGAGCUGCCAAGAGAUACAUCUUUGGGAUCUUGCUGGAGAGUGGAAACAACCAUUGAAGUUCUCGGGUCACAGGCAGAGCAAAUACGUGAUACGGUCAUGUUUUGGUGGGUUGGAUAGUUCGUUCAUCGCCAGUGGAAGUGAGGAUUCACAGGUUUACAUAUGGAAUCUAAAGAACACAAAGCCGCUUGAAGUGUUAUCAGGUCAUUCGAUGACCGUAAACUGUGUAAGCUGGAACCCGAAAAAUCCUCGGAUGCUAGCCUCUGCUAGUGAUGACCAAACCAUCCGUAUUUGGGGACCGGGCAAACCGAACAAACCACUGAACUGAUUAGAUAACCAGAAACCGUAGUAGCUUUAAACCAGGACCUAGUUCUAGUAGUUCCACAUUUGUGUAUAGUUCAUUUCUGGUUUUUUCUUUUUUGGUGGUCCUUAUUGGCUUUGCAGAACAAUCUCUUGCUUUUUGAGUUUUGGUACACUGGUUUUGGAGAACUUGAUUUGAGAUGAGCCAUGAAUUGAAACCAAACCGGUUUAGGCGGUAAACUGAACCAAGCUGUGUUGAGGAGUUAGGUGGCAAUUGUUUGGUGUUCAGAGCAAAACUUAGCUAACUACUUGUUUCGUUGGUCAUUUGCUACCAUGUGGGUUCCCCGUUAUUUUAAACAGAAAAUUUAAUUAUAAUAUAAACUUCGGAAACGCCCCUAAACUUAUGAUAUUUAAGAAUCUG